CAGAAUGCUUCUUGUACACACUCCUCUGACUGUCAGAGGUCGAACAUGGCGGCGUGCACAAGGAGGGCGAGUGAAAUGAUGGGCUUGCUACGAAUUUUAAGAAAUUUAACUCAUAACGAACGACUUUUGUCGACGUCUGUGAUGAGGCAUGCUGCGGCGUCUGAUGGACCUCCAAAAUUCACCCCUCCGACCAAACCUGUUAUCAUAGACAAAACACUGAAAGAAGCGUCUUUGCGACGGUUUUUGAGUCCAGAGUUCAUCCCUCCUCGUCAGCGCACAAACCCUGUGAAGUUUUCCGUAGAACGGAAAGACAUGGUACAGAGACGGAAAGUUCUCAACAUUCCAGAGUUUUAUGUUGGCAGCAUUUUAGCAGUGACCAUGUCUGAUCCUCACGCAAGCGGGAACCUGAAUCGCUUCGUUGGAAUCUGCACUCAGCGCUCUGGAAAAGGAUUGGGUGCUACUUUCAUACUUAGGAAUGUGGUCGAGGGCCAGGGUGUGGAGAUAUGCUAUGAGUUGUACAGUCCACGUAUGCGUAAGAUUGAAGUGUUGAAGCUGGAGAAGAGACUGGAUGACAAUCUCAUGUACUUGAGAGACGCUCUAUCUGAGUACAGCACCUUUGACUUCAACAUGCAACCUGUCCAUUAUGAGCUUACAGGAGAUGUCCCAGUCAAUCAGUUGAAAGUAAAAAUGAAGCCAAAGCCUUGGUCUAAACGCUGGGAGCGUCCCAAGUUUAACAUUCAGGGAAUCCGCUUUGACCUAUGUUUGACCCCAGAGAUGAUGGAGCAUGCUCAGAAGUGGAGAGAACCGUGGAGAGAGUACGAUAUGCUGAAGGAGUAUGACACAUCCAGCCUAGAGAAGCAGAUCUUCCAGGAGGUAGAGGAAAAUCUCAGCAAAUAAGCAGUGCAUAGAGACAACCUCCAGCCUGGACAGAGAUAAUCUUUGUGAUGGGAAAUAAGGCUGAGGUGACAACUUAAGAUGCUGAAAGGACUGGUUCUGGGGUGCCCCCCCAAAAUCAUUUCUGGAAAUACAUUUAGAUGAUUUGGGGAGAAAAAAACAUUGGAACUUUUCAUUUGUCUGUUUUAAUGGAAACAAUUUCUUUGCUAUUUAUCUUUUGUGCCAGCAGUCAGUGUGUGCGUGUGCUAAUGCAGUUUUGUAUGCAGUGAUCCUGCUGCCUCUGACCAAUAGAGGACAGCAGAGAACACUCAAAUAAAUGUAAAUUGAUAUCUGAAUAGUAAAUAAAAAAAAUCCUAAAAGAUUAUAUCCUAAUUCCAUACUUAAAUUAAUGACAUUGUGCAGAGUUGUUUCAUGUAGUCUAAUUUUGUAUUUGCUCAUAGUCUGAAAAUAAGUUAUAAUAAAUUAUACGUUAAAAUGUU